AUGCGCUUCUCUCUCGCCCUUGCCGCUGCGGCUCUGUCGCACUUUGCACAGGCCCUCGAUCAUGUCACCAUCUUCUCCCCGCCCUCGGACUACAACAUUCCCAGGACCCUGUACGCAAGGACGCUGUACCUAGAGCAGGAAGAUGCACUGCUUGCAACAUGGGAGAACUACUCGCCCGAGCCCCCGCUCGUGUGGUAUCCCAUCUACCGCUCUGACGACAAGGGUGAGACCUGGUACGAGAUCUCAAAGGUCAACGACACGGUGAACAACUGGGGCAACCGCUACCAGCCCUUCUUGUACGAGCUCAAGGCUGCCUAUGGCGACUACGAGGCCGGCACCAUUCUUUGCGCUGGCAACGCGCUGCCCACCGACCUCAACUUCACAAAGAUUGAUAUCUAUGCCAGCAGGGAUAGGGGUGUCAACUGGGAGUUUGUCUCGUCUGUCGCCAGCGGAGGCCGCGGUCUUCCCAACAACGGCGAGACCCCGGUCUGGGAGCCUUUCAUCAUGGAGUACAACAACCAAAUCAUCACCUACUACUCGGACCAGCGCGAUCCCGAUCACGGCCAGAAAAUGGUCCACCAGGUCUCCACCGACCUUGUCAACUGGGGCGAUAUCGUCGACGAUGUUGCCUACGAUACUUACGAUUUCCGCCCUGGCAUGCCAACCGUCGCCCUUCUCCCCAACGGCCAGUACAUCCUCACGUACGAGUUCCACGGCGCUGCGGAGGGUUCAUUCUCCGUCUACUACCGCCUCUCCGAAGACCCGCUUCUGUUUGACUCAGCCCCCGGCCAGGUCAUCCGCACCCAGUCCAACACUGUUCCCGUCGGCUCUCCGUACGUCGUCUGGACUCCAGCUGGCGGCGAGAAUGGCACCAUUGUUGUCAGCUGCGGCACCAAGUCGCAAGUCUUCAUCAACCGGGCGCUCGGUCAUCCGGAUGCUUGGUACGACUUGGAAACGGUUGAGAGCACCUCAUACACGCGCAGCUUGAUGACGCUGGGCACUGAGGGUGAGAUUCUCAUCGCAGGUGGUGGUGUCUUGAACGGCGAGAGCAACAGCGUGACCGUCAGCACUGUCAACGUUGCUGCUUAA